AUGGUUGGCUUUCUGGGCUGCAAGUCUUGCAUUUCAGAUGACUUAAAAAUAGGAUAUUACAGCACAGAUCAUGCUACACAAACAGAUAUCAUACCACAAUUAAAGGAGCUAGCUAUUACUACACAAGCUUUAAUCAAGAUAAAUUAUGAAAGUUUUGGUUUUUAGCUUGUUCACUCCCUCCAGCAAGAUUUGUUCAUCUACAAAGGCAUCAUUCAAGCACAAUAUCAAAAAAAAAUUGAAAAGCAGGCUUCAAAUCUUUGUAAAUAUAUAAAUGAUCAACUGACAGACAUUGAGAUUUUACAUAAACAGAAAGAGGUCCAAAUUUGACAAAGCUGCAGACAACAGUUAUGUGAUGCACUGGCUGCUCUCAGAGAAAAUAUUGAGAAGUGUCACAACAUAAGUGGAGAAAACACAGAAUGUUCACCAGGAAAACUUUUGCAGCUUUUACGUAAUAAGCUACACGAGCUAUCCUCAUCUGUAAUUGAUGAUCUGGAGAGAAAAUUGCAAGAAUACCAAGAAAAAGGAAGGGCUAAAAUGGUUGUCUUUGAAGAUGAUAACCAUGAAAAAAAAAUUCUUGCAAAAGAGAAUGAGGAUUUCAAAGAAGAGGUUUUUAAACUGCACAGUGAGAUUUCUCGUCUCGAAAAUGUUCUGCAGCGCUCUGAAAAAGAAAAAUAUUUAUUAGAUAAACAAGUUCAAAGAAGGUGAUGAAGAAUGGAAGCUGAUGAGCAAACUGUUCAAAAGUUGAUUGAAAUUCAAGAACAAAUGAAGGCAAAACUUAAAAAUGAAAGAUCAUUAGUUAAAAACCUGAUAACAUAUGUAGUACCUGAGCAGCAAGCUGCUGAAAGAACCCUGACUGCUGAAACUGAGAAACUAAAGAAACAUAAAGGUCAAGUAAGGCAAAGCACAGAAAGAAAGGAAGCUGAACAAAGCAAUACAAUAUGGAAAAAGAAAAUCCAGGUUCUACAGAAGAGGUUUAAUAUUAUUGCCUUAUGGAUGUUUCUUAGACAAACCCUGCAACGCCAGCUACUAGCACUUAAAUGUACAUCUCAGUGA